AUGGAAGAAGAUUUUAAAAUUAAAGAAGAGUAAUCAGAAUAUAUUUCAAUAAGCAAAUUGCAGAAAUCAUUUCUUGAAUCUGAUCUCAAUAUUUAAAGCAUUUUAUAAGAAAUAAGUUGCAUUUACCAGUAAAGUCAUGAUUCUUAAAUCAAAACCUCUAUUAGGAGUAUUUUAAAGAAUUAGUUGAGCAAUCAUUCAUCUAAUCUGCAACAGUCUUUAUCAAAUUUAAACUUUUCUCUUGAUGAAGAUUAGUAGGAAGAUGAAGAAUAAAAGUAAAAUCAUCAAGAUGAUGACUAUUAAAAUUAAUAAAAAGUACAUCUUUCAAAUUAGAAUCUAUUUAAACCUCAAAAUGGUGAUAACCAAAGCAUAAAUAUUAGCUAUUAGUAGAUGAGUGUGAACAAUAGUAAUAAAUUCUAGCCAAAUUUUUAUAGAGAUCUAAAUAACAUAGAACUUAGCAGAGAAUAUAAAUAUUUUAAAGAUGUCAAAUUUAACUCAGACAAUUAAAUUUCUAAAUUUCAUAAUGAUUCAAACCCUUAAAAUGAAAAUGAAGUUGAUACUUUAUAAUAUACUAAUAAGCAAAGUUAAAUUAUAAAUGAUGAGGUUUAUCAAAGGCGAUAAUCAGAAAAAAAGAAUAAUGGUGAAGAUAAUAGUUAAAAAUAAUUUAAUUGCUCUAGCUUUGUUAAAUAAAAUGAAGAAUAGGAAAUUGCAGAUGCUAAUUAAAGUUAGUUGAGAGUCCCAAACAAAUAAAGCGAUAAAAAAUUGAUAUAAAAUAUUGAAAUUACUGAUGAUAAUUAAAAUAUAUCUCAAGUAAGAAAUAGGAGCUAGAUUUCACAAAGCAAUUCGAAUGAUAUUCAAAUUCAAAAACUUAAUUAGGAAGAUUUAGGAUAAAAUAUAGAAGGAUAAGACAAUAAUGUUAGAAAGCAAAACAAAAAUUAACAAAGGUUGAUUAGAAAUAGAAAUUAUUUUCUAUUUUAAAUUUAAAAUAAUAAAAAUUCUUUAUUAUUUUUGCUGCUAGUGAUUUCCAUAACUUUAGCUAUAUUGGUGGCUUUAAAGCCAAAAAUUAUGCCUAAUUUCUUAUUUUUAAAUUACUUCAAAGAAGACUUCAAAUAAAUUUAAUUCAAAGAACUAUAAGCAAGUUUAGAAGUAUAAAUAAAAUACACUCAGAAAUUAUAACAGCAGCUAAAAGAAAUUGCUGAAUAAAAGAUAACUUUGGAAAAAGAAUAAAAUGCUACUAUAUAAAAAUUGAAAGAUGGUUUAGAAUAAUAACAAUUAGUGUAAUAACAGAAAGAAUUUGAGUAAUAAAAAAAUAUUAAUAAUUUAUAAUUAUAAUUGGAGUAAUUAAAAUAACUCAUGAUAAACUAGCAAGAGCAGUACAAUUAAAAUGUGAGUUAACUACAAUUAUCACUUCAAAGCAAUAUACAAUAACAAGAAUUCCUUUAAUAAUAAAAUAAUUUACUAACCAAAGAAAAAACUUAAAUCUAAUCUGAGUUAUUAGAAACGACUUCUAAGUAUGACUAACUAAAAGAGCUCUACGAUAAUCUUCAUCAAGUUUUAGAAUUAUUCAAGAAAACUUCAUUUUGA